UGUCAAACAUUAAUUUACAUUUACGAAUUAAUUCAGUCAAAGUAUAUACGAUAAACAUGUGCCGUGUGGGUAUAAAAAGAUCGUGAUUGAUGAUAGAAAUUUAGUAUAAACCUUAACUUGAGAUGUUUUAUGUAAAUAGUACUUAACAAGAUAACUAUUGACUUAAAACCGUUAGGUCUAUUUAUCCAAAAAUGUUACCGGGAUACGGUGCUGUUACACAAGCCCUUUUGGGCACGCUUCUGACGUGGGGGUUGACUGCAGCUGGGGCCGGUUGUGUGUUCUUUAUAAGAGGGAAACAUAGGAAAUUACUAGAUGUAUCUUUGGGAUUCGCUGCAGGUGUUAUGACUGCCGCAUCCUACUGGUCUCUGUUAGAGCCUGCAAUAAAGAUGUGUGAAGAAUCAGGCAUGUACGGUGAUGAAGGACAGUAUGCCUUUUUGCCUGUAGCUGGAGGCUUUUUGUUUGGAGCAAUAUUUGUGUUUGGCACUGACAGAUUCUUGGACUAUUUAGGAAUUAGUUCCACUAAUAUGAUGAUAACAAUCACCAAAAGCAAAGACUCCAAAGAGAAGUUAGAGGAUUUGGAAAUGAUGACGGCGCUCAACAGGCGGCCGUCGAACCCGACCGUGGUUACCAUGGAGACACAGCCGGCUGAGUUCGCGGACUGCAUAUCGAAUCAGCACACGGCACAAAGACGGCGGGGGCAUCAUCAGUCGCAGAAUUCCCUUAAAAACGAAGUCGGCGAAGGAGACCGACGAGAUAGCAUCAGCCGCUCGCUAGAAGCACGCCAGUCGCAGUGGAAGAGGAUAAUGCUUCUGGUCGUGGCCAUCACAGUACACAAUAUACCAGAGGGUCUGGCGGUGGGAGUCGCGUUUGGCGCGUCUGCUUCAUCGUCUAAAGCUUCCUUCCAGAGUGCCAGAAACUUGGCGCUCGGAAUUGGCAUCCAAAACUUCCCGGAAGGUUUGGCGGUGAGUCUGCCGCUGCACUCCGCUGGAUUCUCUGUGUGGAGAGCUUUCUGGUAUGGGCAGCUCUCCGGCAUGGUGGAGCCCGUGUUCGGGGUGCUAGGCGCGGUGGCGGUGGCGGCGGCGCAGCCCGCGCUGCCGUACGCGCUGGCCUUCGCGGCGGGUGCUAUGAUCUACGUCGUUGCGGAUGACAUCAUCCCUGAGGCCAAUGCUUCCGGCAACGGUAAACUGGCUACAUGGGGCUGCAUCAUCGGCUUCUUAGUCAUGAUGUGUCUAGACGUAGGUCUUGGGUAAACACCGACUCGCACACACUCACGCCGUGCCUUUCUAUGUGUUUGGGCGACUUAUUCGUUAAUUUUGGAAUUGUUUAUGUAUAACGUAUAUUCAUUUUAUUCAUGUUUACAAAACAACUUGUAUUGUUGUAUGAUUUUCAACUAAAUCUUUUUUUUUGAGAACGAUGAAACGUUAGCUUUGAUAGUUUCAGAUGAAAUUGUAGGUAAAGUUUAUUUGUAUAUGACGUGAAUUGUAACAUUUCUUUUUAAUGUUUACGUAUGUUAUUUUUAUAUUUUGACUAAUUCUGACGAAGCCUUAUAGGUACAUACGUGUAUUCGUAACGGGCGUAAAUAAUUUAACUUUUUUAUCGUAUUAAUGAAUAAGUUGCCCCAAUCCAGCCGUGUCAAUGGUUAAACGAUAUUUGCCAAAUUCUGUACAUGAUUAUGUAUAUAGUUAAAGACUAGACUAGAAACUUAGUAUAUAAGUAUUAAUAUUAUGUAGCACUCGCACAAUACGGUCGAUUCCAAUUACUUAAUAAGAAUGAAAUGAAAUUAUUGUUGUUUUUAUUUUACCAGUUUUACAUUGAAAGUAUUAUAAAUUAUAAUUUAUUUGAUGUGUAAUGAGCAAAUUAUUUAUUUUAUUUACAUUUUGACGUACUCUAGAAUGUUCGAUAGACGUUCUUCAGUGAUGCUGUAAAUAGGCUGCAGAAAUUUUAUUUAUUUGAAAUUUAAAAAUUAUUCUUUGAUAUGAUGUAUUUGAUAAAGAUAUUUUGUUAUGAUUGUAUGUUCGAACUGCUCAUAGAAUGAAACCCCUGGACUGUACAAAAUAUGUAUGUACUUACGGAACUGUGUUAGGUUUUGUCUGAAUAAUCGCGUUAUUGUGAGAUGUGUAAAAGACAGAAUAAUUUAACGAAUUUGUUAUUUUAUUAUUUUAAUAAAUUAAGUAUAAAGCA